CUGAACUUUGUGCUAAACCUGCUCAGUUCUUGACUCUGACAGCGGCCAACAUGGCGGAGCCUCCUAUCGUCAUCUGGGAGCGGGAGGUCACGCAGCUCCUGUGCCCCGCAGACCUGAUCCCGCGUCUGGAGGACGCUCUGGGGAAGUUCUCGCGGCGGGACGAGACGGAGGUGCUGCAGCCGCUGCGCACCGCGCUGCCGCUGCAGAAGCACGGCGGGUUCAUGGGGCUCAUGCCCACAUACAUGGAGAAGGACGGGGUCCUGUCCACCAAGUUCGUGUGUUUUUACAAGCGGGAGGAGGGCUCCACUCUGCCGGCCGUUCAGGCCACGGUGGUGCUGCUGGAUCCAGAGUUUGGGAAUGUCAAAGCUGUCAUGGACGGCGAGGUCAUCACAGCCAUGAGGACGGCGGCGGUCUCUGCCAUCUCCGCCAAGCUGCUGAUGCCUCCCCAAGCAGAAGUUCUGGCCAUCCUGGGGACCGGGAAGCAGGCCAUAAGUCACUAUCGGGUCUUCACCGAGACAUUUUCUUUCAAAGAGGUGAGGGUGUGGAGCCGCUCCAAACAGGGAGUGGCGAGGUUCAUCUCCUCCGUCGGCGGUCCCGUGCAGGGAUGCAGCUCAGCGGAGGAGGCGGUGAGAGGAGCGGACGUCAUCCUGACGGUGACGGGAUCCACCGAGCCGGUGCUCCUCGGUCAGUGGGUCAAAGCGGGUGCCCACGUGGCCGCGGUGGGAGCUUGCAGGCCAGACUGGCGGGAGCUGGAUGAUGUGCUGAUGAAGGAGGCUGUGGUGUAUGCGGACAGCAGGGAGGGAGCCACGCUGGAAUCCGGGGACGUGAUCCUCUCCGGGGCGGAGGUGUUUGCAGAGCUCGGAGAGGUCAUCAACGGGACGAAAGCGGCCCACAGAGAGAAGACGACCGUGUUCAAAUCCCUCGGGAUGGGGGUCGAAGACGCCGUGUCGGCCCAGCUGGUGUUCGACCGAUGGAAGGCUAAAGCUGGAAAAGUCUGAGGAAAAUUCAUUCCUGAAAUGAUUUUUUCCAGAUGGUUCUGGAAAAUUUCAAUGAAAUUCAUGCAAAAAAAUUGAUUAAAUAGAGAUAGUUAAGUUUUAGAUGAGACUUUUCUGCAGAAUCCAGAAUAUUUGAGUUUUUUUUUUUCUAAUUUGUUUGUAAGUGCAAAAAAAUAAUAUUUUUUUGUACUGAAUAUUUUUCAGUUGUUAGGAUUGAUCAAAUUGGAUCCCAGUGCCAUAAUAAAGUGGAUUUAAUUGCAGUAUCAUGUGAAAAAGCUUUUAAUUUUUUAAUUUAAUCCUUCUGUGCAGUUUAUUUGGUUGUUUUCUUCCUGUGGAUGAGUUGCAUUUUUUCCUCAAAAUUUUUCCCUAUAUGGUUCUAAAGGACAUCAAUGUCAUCAGUCAGAUUUACAAACAUAUAAACCCCACAGAUUAGCUGAUUCACAGCUGAUUUGAUUGACAACAGUUAAAAUAAAUUUUAAUUUAAGCAUUUUUCUUCCAUUUACAAACUGUAGAAUAAAGAAAUAUCACCAAA